CGGAGGGCGGGGGGUACGAACGGGAACCUCGGCGGUGCCGGGGGGAUGCUCAGGGGAGCCCUCAGGUUCAUUGUGAAACAGCUGCAGAGGGGAAUGAGCAGCAAACCACAACCCUCAGGUGUGUGCUGGGAGCUGGGCAAGGUGCAGAGGGCUCCUGGGAGCCUGGAGGAGCUGGGAUGGAAAUCCAACCAAUGUUGAGCUGAUUGAGCUGUUUGUCUUCACCAGGAGGAGGAUCUGGCAUUUAAAAGUGAUUUUUUUCCCACAAAUAUUAUUAUGGCUUGUUCCUCAGCGUUAUUUUUCUAGCUGCUGGGAUUGUCCCUGCAUGGCCCAGUUCGGAGCUCUCCUCGUUCCUUAGCAACCACAGAGGCAGCAGGGAAAAUCCUGGAUGUCUCCAGCUGGGAUCCUGACCAAGACCCGUGUUUUUCCUGGGAAUGGAGGUGCCCUUUGUGCUUCUCCUAACGAGGCUCGUGGCAGAAGUUGCCGGCAAAUCCACGGAAAACUCGGUGGGUGCUCCAUGAUUUCUCCAAUCCAGGUCUCAGAGCCGGAAUGUUGUGUGGAUGUGUUGGAUUCCAACAGCUCCUGCCCCGUCACCCACCAGUGCAGCCCAGGAUGCUACAGGAGGUGGAAUGAGGAUGGGAGCAGCAGCUGCAUUAAAUGCAGGAAUGAAACCCUGCCCGGCCCCUCUGGGCACAACCUCAGCGAGUGCAGAAAUGCUGGGAGCAGAGGGCUGAAUUCCCAAAUGAACGUGAGCACUGUCACUCCUUUCAUGCAGAACUUUGGGGGCCCAGAAGUCGCAGCUUCCCUCAUUUUGGGGACAUUUUUCAUCAGUUUAUUCCUGAUCCUCUCCGUGGCUUCUUUCUUCUACCUCAAACGAGCCAACAAACUCCCAAAUAUUUUCUACAGAAGAAACAAAGCAUCUGUUCUCCAGCCCAGUGAAACGGCAUCCAUGAUCUCUCCUCCAGCUUCUUCAGUGCGGAAGCCGCGCUACGUCCGCCGCGAGCGCUCCCUGGGCCCCUCCGGCCUGGCCCCGGCCGACAGCAGGGUCAGCAACGUCUGAGCCCUUCCCGAGAGUGUCCCAGCCCUUUUCCUGACUCCAUGGAAAACUCUGGAAGCUGCUGAUCCCACAGGAAGCCGAAGGGUUUGUGCCAAAUCAUCCCAAGCGAGAAGGUGGCACCAGCUCGGUGACAUUUGGGGACUUUGCAGGGCCCUGUCCCUGCUCCGGGGGUUCCUCCCUCUCCUCCAGAGGCUGUGGGGAGAAUCCUUGAGGAAUUUGGGGGACUUUCCCUGUUUGGGGAGAAUCCUUGAGGAAUCUGUGAGGAGAAUCCUUGAGGAAUUUGGGGGACAUUUCCCUGUUUGGGGAGAAUCCUUGAGGAAUCUGUGAGGAGAAUCCUUGAGGAAUUUGGGAGACUUGCCCUGUUUGGGGAGAAUCCUUAAGGAACCUUGGUGCAUUUUCCCUGCUGUGAGGAGAAUCCUUAAGGAAUUUGGGGGACUUGUCCUGUUUGGGGAGAAUCCUUGAGGAAUUUGGGGGACUUGCCCUGCUGUGAGGAGAAUCCUUAAGGAAUCUUGGUGCAUUUUCCCUGCUGUGAGGAGAAUCCUUGAGGAAUUUGGGGGACUUGCCCUGCUGUGAGGAGAAUCCUUAAGGAAUUUGGGGGACUUUCUCUGCUGUGAGGAGGAU